AUGGCUGGCGAAGAUUGUGUUGGUGCUGAUUAUUUCCAACAAUGUAAAUAUAUUCAUGAAGUUGAACUUGUAAAUAUGAAGCUGCAAAUGAAAAUUCUCGAAACACAUUUAGAGACGAAAGACAGACUCCUUCGCAAUUUGGAAGAUAUCAUUGAUGAACAAGAAACGAGGAUUCACAAUAUGGAAGAAUUCAUACAGGGUCGUUCUGAUAACUAUGUGAAACGUAGUCAAAUUCUCAGAGGAAUUUCAGUUCUUUCACUUGAUUUUGGUGCCUUGAGUGAAGAGAACUUCCGACUCAAAACUGCUCUGGCAGCUCACCAGAAAAAAGAACGAUUAGAACAACUCGUUGAAACGGACGAAGAUUAUGAAAGCGACAUCACGACUGAUGAUAAAAAACUUAGUCCAACUCCUCCAUCUGAACUUGAAGAGAGUAUACAGAAGAAGCCAUACAAUGAGAUGGUUCAAUCAAUGAUGACGGAGGUUCAGACUAAAAAACUUCAACGACUAGCGGAAGAAUUGAAACAGGAAAAGAAUGAGUUGAAACAAGUUGCCCUUGAUACAAAAGAUGCUUUUUCUGUUUGCAUGAAAGAAUUAACGUUGCUGUUGGAAUCAAAAACGACCGAUUUCUUCCGCGUACUUAUCGAACGAUAUCGAGCUGAAAUGGAAAAACGGAAACAAUUACAUAACCAAUUAGUCGAAAUCAAUGGCAAUAUAAGAGUUUUUUACCGUAUUCGACCUGUGAGUGAAUGCAUCAAGAAAGCAAUUGAAAUUGAUGAUCUGGAUAACGGAAUUGUUUAUUUCACUCAAACUAACGGAAAACAAUUAAAGAAAAGUGCUGAUCGGGUUAUUCCCAUGACAUACACUCAGGAACAGAUAUUUUCUGAAGUUUCACCUAUUAUUACCAGUUGCAUUGAUGGAUAUAAUGUCUGUAUUUUCGCCUAUGGUCAUACUGGAAGUGGCAAAACUUAUACUAUGGAGGGACCUUCCGGAAACCCAGGCAUCAAUCAACGAGCUAUAAUGCAAUUGUUCUCAACUGCUCAUAACUCUCAGGGAGAUAUAGAAUAUACUAUAUCCGUUUCUUUAUUAGAAAUUUACAAUGAUAAAAUACGUGAUCUUUUAAAUACAAACAACACUAAUUUGCAAUUGCGACUCAGCGAAGACGGGAAACUAUCUAUCCCUGGAUUAACAUCUGUAGUUGUCGAGUCCUUCGAGCACGUUGGCCAAGUGCUUAAUGAUGGCAAAAAAAAUAAAGCUGUAUCAGCAACAGGUGCAAAUGAAGAAUCUAGUCGUUCCCAUGUCAUUGUUCGAGUAGUAGUGCAGGGGAGAAAUCGCAUUACAAAUUUGACAACUAUUGGACGGUUGAAUUUGGUAGACUUGGCUGGAUCGGAAAGGGUUUCCCAAACUAACGCUACCGGACAACUACUGAAGGAGGCCAUGGCUAUAAACAAAUCGCUCUCCGAAUUAGGUAACUGCGUGCUAGCUUUACGGCAAAACUUGAAGCAUAUUCCGUUCAGGAAUUGCCAACUAACUAGAUUAUUAGAAGACAGUCUUACGGGUGAUAGCAAGACUCUGGUGUUAAUUCACUUAUCUCCUGAUUCAGUAAAUGAAGCUGAAACAAUAAGUAGUAUGAACUUCGCGGAGAAAAUUGGGAACAUUCAGACAAAAUACGGGAGCUUGAAGAGAGAUUCAAUAAUUCGUCGAAGUGCAACACAAAGGUGA